AUGAACGAGUUGUGCGCCAAGUGGCUGCUGACCGCGUCCAGAUCGGCCGGAAGCGAGCCGAUCCGACACAGCUAUCGUCGUGCGGCGCGAGCGAUCCAGGCGUGGAAACAGCCAAUCACACAUGCAGACGAUCUCAAGGCCGUGAAAGGCGUCGGGCCUUUCAUAUUGUCCUUCUUGAAAACAAAGCUGGAAGGUGAAGCCGUUAGCACUCCUGCUGCGAAUGUAGUGUCACGAAACACGUCGCUGCCAGCACCUCCAGCCAAGCACAGCGCACCCUCCAGCGCUUCCUCCCCGAUUGUGCUGUGUGACGACAGCGAUGACGACAAUGACAGCGACGGCAUCGCAGUUGUUGUCAACGAUGAGGAGCCCUCACGCAGCUAUCUGAGCACCCAUGUCGACAGCCACUUCGGCAGCACCGCCAGCGCUGAUAAUGAUGAUGAGGACGAUUUGCCUCCGUGCCUUGGAAUGAGCACUGCGAGCCCCACCGUGCCAGCAACGCCGCCAUCAUCACGGGUGACCCCUCGUGAGCGAACGCCGUCCCGCUUCGUUGUUGCACGUGGCAGCGUUUCCGUCCCCUCUCGCUCACACACAGCGGGGAGCGUGAGCACCCCAGAACACACCGCACAUGCUUCACGCAUCGCACGCACCUUCAGCAGCGGGAGCGGGAGCGCCACCACUGGUGGCAUGAGCUCAAAAGUUGCUUCGUCCCCUGUGAGCACGCGGCGGCCGACGACAGCGGCAGGGCCAGCGAACGACUACGACUUUCCCUUGUCACCGCCUCGUUCUACGGGGAAGCGGCGGCCGCCAAAGGCAAAAACGCCAGCAAAGAAAUCUCGCACGUCUGGUCCGCGGCUUCCUGCACAAGGAUCAGGCGCAUACGGCAUUUUCAUGGCGUUUCUCAAGGCUCGCGAGUCGGACGAGUUUGCAGCGCGUGGAUCGUACUUGUUGAAGAAGGAGCUUCAAUCCGCGGCACAGCCAUUCUGCAACACGUCCUACACGCGUGCAGAGGGCAACACGGGUUACUACACUGCAUGGUCCUGUGUUUCACAGAUGGUUCGCAAGGGUUGGGUAGCAAAGUACAGCAACCCAGCAAAGUGA